AUGGACGAGAACGCGAAGAUGCGCAAGGAGAUCGAGGAGCUCGAGGAGAAGUGCCGGGAGGAGCGGCGCACGGUGGCCCGCCUCGACACGGAGAUCGGGGAGAGGGAGCUCGAGAUCCAGGCGAAGCGCGAGGAGAUGGAGGCGGACGCGGAGCGGUCGGACCUCGAGCUCCGGGGCGACGGCGCGGUGCGCGCCGUCGACGCGAACCGGCUGGCCAUGGAGGCGCGGCUCCUCGAGAGCGCCGUGACGCAGCUGCGCUGGCAGAAGGAGCGGAGCGAGCAGCUGGAGGCGGAGAACGGCGAGCUCCGGGACGAGUUCGCGAGUUUGGACGCGGAGCGCGCGAAACGAGGCGCGGACCACGGCGAGCGCAUGCACGAGGCGAAGAAGGAGAUGCUCCAGCUGAGGCACCAGCUCGAGCUCGCCUUCAAGCGCGCCCUCAACGACAAGGCCCUCCUCCACUACGAGGCGGCCUUCUCGGCGCUCGACCCCCGGGAGAAGGAGUCGCUGCUCCAGAACGCGCAGCUCCGCGAGGAGCUGAGCCUCCAGCGCACGGGCCUGGACGCCGUCGGCCGGCGCGUCGCCGAGGAGCGCGUCGAGCUCGCGGAGCUCCUCGGCGACGUGCGGCGCCUCAAGGACGAGGAGUCCGCGCGCGCCGUCGCCGCCGCCAAGCUCCGGCACGCGCGCGACGCGGCCAAGUCGCUCGCGAAGCGCCUCGCCGCGUCCCUCGAGGCCCUCCAGGCCGCGCGGGAGGAGAGCGUGGCCCGGUCCCUGGACGUGCUGCCCGAGUUCUCCGAGGAGACGGUCCGGGGCUUCCGCGACAAGGAGGACGACGAGUCGACCGUCGCGUCCGCUCAGUCCGUCGCCGAGCUCCCGAAGCCGACGCGGUCGAGCGAGCGCUUAUCGCUGGCGGGCCUCGACAACGCGCCCCUCCCGGGCGGCUUCAAGCCGUCGCCGGGCGACGAGGCCGUCGCCAUCGCGCAGCGCGAGCGCCACCUCCGCGACGCGGAGGCGCUCUGCCGCAAGUGGGCGAAGCGGGCGGCGGCGCUGCGCACGGUCGCGCUCGACGUGCGCCGCGGCGGCCGGCGGCCGCCGACGGCGUCCGACGGCGCGCCGCGGCCGCCGUCGCAGAAGCUGUCGCGGGAAGAGGAGGCCGCCGUCGACUACGCGCGCAAGUCGCUCGACGCGCACGACGACACCUUCCCGGACGUGACCCUCGACUCGCGCCUCUUCAAGGCGACGAUCCGCGCCUGGGAGGACCAGGACGGCGAUUUGGCGCGCCUCGCGCCCGUCGACCCCGACUCGCCGUUCGACACGAUCGGCGCCAUCGCCGCGUCCGACGGCAAGCCCGCGGCGUCCCACGCGCGGGCCACGGGCGGCCGCGACGAGAAACGGCGCGCCGCGCCGGCGCCGUCCGCGGCGCCGCCGCGGCGCCGGUCGCCGAGCCGCCGGAGCCGCCGGUCGAAAUCCGACGCCGCGCUCCUCGGCGGCGGCGGCCCCGGCGGCGCGAAAGCGACCAAGUCGACGCCGACCCUGCCGCCCCUCUCCAAGCUUUUUACGGAUGAGUCGACGACGGCGCCCCAAAGGCGCGGCUCCCUCCGGCAGAGCUCGUCCGCGAACGCGCGGUCCCGCGAGGCCGCGCGCGUUCUCGCGAAGCCGCCCGCGCCGUUGCCGAAGAAGGCGGCCGCGACGCUCGCCGUCGCGCAGCUCAAGGCGCUCCGCGCGCUCGCGAAGAUCGAGCUCCAGCAGAGCCGGAGCGACGGCGCGCUCCGCGGGCGCCGGUCCAUGCCGGGAGUCCUCGGCUUCGGCGCAUUGCAAAUGACCACCUUCACACCGACCGAGCUCUUCGGCGGCGCCAUGUCCGCGCAGCUGCCGGCGAGUUGGCAGGACAUGAACGACCUCGGCCAUCCCGUGCCCGACAACCAGGAGGUCUGGUGCGAGCGCGCCGGCGGCGAAGGAGGAUCGCUCGUGAUCGAGAUCGUCGAGCGCGCGGACGUCGACGACGCCGCUGCGCCGGCGUACUUCUGGAACGACAUCGCGGACGCGUCCGGCGCGAGCGCGCGAGAGCUCGUCGCCGCGGGCCCCGCCGCCGCCGCCGCCAUGGACGGCGUCGCGUGCGUCGUCGCGCUCGGCCACAUGAAACUCGCCAAGACGGGCGUCGUCGGGCCGGACCACGGCGUCGACGUCGCCGUCGCCGCGUUCCGCUUCCCGGCCGAGGCGACGGACGUGCUCGCGACGUUUCACGCGCCCGCGCUCGGCGGCACGCGCCUCGCGCCGAAGCCCCUCGACGAGCUCCUCGCGACGCCGGCAUUGGCGCCGCUGCGGGACGUGCUCCGCACGCUCGUCGUCGACCGGGGACUCUUCUCCUAA